AAAUUUUAUAUGUCAGCUAAUCAAAACAAUAGUUCAAAUUAUAAAAAUUAAUUGAAAGUUUCACUAUCAUAAGAAAAAGAAGAAGCUUAAGAGACACUUGAAAGUAUUUAACAUAAUUAUAUCUUAUAGUUAUACAUGAAAUGUCUUAAAUUUUAAAUUGCGGAUUGGAUAGAUAAUAAUUAGCUGUUUUAGUUAGUAUGAUAGAAAAUGGAGUUAAUCCUGAAGCAUUAGCUUUAGUAGUAAAUGAAAUGAAAACUGAAUUAAAUACAUAUAAAAAAAUUCAUAAACCAUGA